ACGAGCAAGUCGCAGCUGAGCGUCACAGAGGAAGAAGAGGAGAAACAUGGCGUCCCUGCGCAGUGAUGAGUGGAGAGCGAUCUGCGACAGAUUCACCAACGCCCAAAACCUGACGGAUGUGGAAUCACGAAAAGACCCAGAGAACGACCCGUUCCGCUCCAAGUACAAGGCCAGGGAGCUGCUCCGAGAGAUCUACUCCGCGCUCAAGUGUUUCGAAGCCGGUGACGGUGAGGACCAGGCGGAGGAGGAGGAGGAGGAGGACGGCGGCGGCGGCGGCGAGCAGCGGCCGGCGGAGCAGCCGGUGGACGGGCAGAGGGAGGAUGGGGUCGGUCAGCGGGGACUCUCCGGCGACUCUCCGGCGGGGCUGCGGGCCGCUCAGCUCGGGGCGGUGGAGUACUACCUGGGCGUCAACCACGUCGACACGGAGGAGCUGUCAGCCGGACAGGAGCAUCUGAUGAACAGCCUGAAGCUGCUGGACAGAUGCAGAGCGUCGUCCGACAAUGUGUCGCUGUUUAUCAACGUCCGGAACCAGCUGGGCAUUCUGUGGGCCGGCUGGGACGAGACGGAGACAGCUCAGGGAUUCCUGGAAACAGCAGAAUCCAUCUACCUUCGAUAUAUGAAGGAGGAUGGCAGUCCUCCCACUGACAUGACGGAGUACUUCACUACUGAGGAGAACCUGCUGACACAUCAGGAAAGAACCAAGAGGUUUGAGUUGGCGUACACUCAUACCAUGUACUACCUUGCUCAAGUCUAUAAAAACCUUGGUCAAAAUGAGCGGGCAGCCACCUACUGUCACACCACCCUGCAGAGACAGUUAAAGUUAAAUGAGUUCAGUCCGAUAGAGUGGGCCCUGAACGCUGCCUCACUAUCACAGUAUUACAUCAUUAAGGGCCACUACAUGGAAGGCAGACAUUGCCUCUCAGCAGCUACUGUCGUAGCAGGUUUGGCAGGAGAGGUUCCUUCUGAGGCUGCAGCACAGGAAAGUGAGACAGAGAGUGAGUGUAGGGAGCAGCUCAGACAAAAGAGAGCAGAUAUUGCGAGAUGUUGGAUCAAAUACUGCCUCAACCUCCUGCAGGAUGCUAAGAAGCUGCUUGAGGACAACAUUGGAGAGCUGGAUACUGAUCGUCAAGAAGAGUCGAAGAGAGCGAGACAACAAGAGGAGGAGGAGGAAGAGAAAGGCAGGAAGAACGCCCUGCUGUUUGGCUCUGAAGACACCUUUGACUCCAUCGCUAGCCUGGAAGAAAAGGUUUGUUGUUUGUGCCCAUUGGACUUCACUGAGGCCAGAGCUGUAUUUCUAGUGGGACAGAAUUAUGUCACACAGGCCAAGGAUUACUUUGUGAUGGAUGGAUAUGUGACGGACCACGUAGAGAUUUUGCAGGACUACAGCGCUCUAUUCAGGGCCCUAGCUUUCUUUGAGGAGGAUCUGGAGCGACGCUGCAAAAUGCACAAACGAAGAGUUGAUAUGUUGGAGACCAUCUGUAAUGACUUAAAUGCCCGGUACUACCUAAUGAUCCGCAGGCAGUUGAUGUUUGAGCUGGCAGAGAUCUACAGUGAAAUGAUGGACCUGAAGCUGAUGCUGGCCAACAGACAAGCUGAUACACAGUCGCUAGAUAGCCACACCGUUAAGAAAUUCAACAACCUCUGCUCUGCAUCUGCAAAGUACUUCCAGAUGUUCCUAGACUCUCUAUGUUCUCCGGAAGGGAAAGUUCCGGAGCACCUGGAGGAGGAGGUGCUCAGACCAGCUCUGGUGGCUCGCUUCAGAGUAGCCCGACUGUACGGCCGCCUCAUCAGCUCUCCACCCUCUGAUCAGCUGGAAAACCUCGACAAAUCUCUAGAUAACUACAAGUACGUGGUGCAGUAUUGUGAGUCCCACCCUGAGGCAGCAGCCACUGUGGAGACGGAGCUGGAGCUGAGUAAGGAGAUGGUUGGUCUACUCCCUCUCAAAAUCAACCGGCUCAAAGCCCGGAUGGCAACAAACAACUCGUUGGUUGACUAAUUAAUCCAUCAAUCUAAAUUUAACCACCUUUAAUCUAUCAGACACUCUCCAACAGUUUCAGUAACUUGAUGGUAGAUGGACUCACUGUCUCGCUCCCUGUAUAUGUAUUGGUGAUCUCCUUAUGGUUUUUUUCCAGUAAGCAUUACACUCUAUACAUAUGUGCUUUCCUCUGUGUAAUAAAAGGUAGUCAGUUUUACUACUAA